AUGCACCAGCUGACGUGCUUACGGCACGGAUUUCGCCUUUCAUUUGUUCGUGAGAUAAGGCGUGCAUUGCAUCUCAGUGCAAGCCGAAAUUACUAUAUUUCGGGACCUCAGGAGCCAUUCUCUCCCGUACCGGGACGUUUUCCAAAGUGGGCAUCCAGUGGAGAUGAGGCGUUUUAUUUCCUUAAAGAUGGAGCGAAUGUUUUCCUACACGGUGGAGCAGCAACUCCCAGUUUGCUCCUAAAAGAACUCUAUGAAUAUGUUAUGUCUAAUAAUCUCAAAGAUAUCAAGCUCUUCCACAUUCACACUGAAGGACAUUACCCUUUUAACGACAUUGCUGCUCAGAAUCGCUUUCGCUCAACUUCUUUGUUCACAGGUGGUAAUUGUAGAGAAGCUAUCCGAGAAGGUCGAGCAGAUUACACUCCCAUCUUUCUCAGUGAAAUUCCUUUAUUGUUUCGUCGGAAACAUUUGCAACUGGACUUGGCUGUUAUCAAUGUUACGCCUCCAGAUAAACAUGGGUUUUGUUCCCUUGGUCCUUCAGUAGAUGUCACACGCUCAGCUAUUCAGAACGCAAAGCACAUUGUUGGUAAUUUCUGCUUGAUUCACUCAACCGUAUUUUUCCUCACAAAAGCUCAAGUAAACGACCAGCUACCACUGACGCGGGGUGACGCCAGUAUCCACUUUAGCAAUCUGACGGUACUUCGCACUGGCGCACAACCCUGUCAUCAAAUGUCACCCAGAGUUGCCUCUGAUGUGGAAGACAGAAUUGGCACAAUUAUCGCUGAGAAUCUGGUCGAAGAUGGUGCCACGCUACAAACUGGUAUUGGUGCGAUUCCCGAUUCUGUGCUCUCAAAAUUAACCAAUCACCGACAUUUGGGAGUCCACACAGAAAUGUUCUCUGAUGGAGUGGUUGAUCUGGUCAAUGUGGGCGCAAUCACAAACGCGUACAAAAAAGUUCGUCCAGGAAAACUGGUCAGCAGUUUCGUGGUCGGAACAAAUAAAGUAUUCGAAUUUCUGGAUGAUAAUCCAAUGGUUGAUAUGUGCGACGUUGGUUGGGUGAACUCUCCGGUGGUGAUUGCGCGGAAUCCUAGGCCGGUUGCCAUAAAUUCUUGCAUUGAGGUCGAUCUAUCCGGGCAAGUGUCUUCUGAUUCUAUUGGACAGACGAUUUAUUCCGGUUUUGGUGGUCAGGUCGACUUUCUUCGAGGCGCAGCGCUCAGUGCCGAUGGCCAGGGCAAGCCGAUUAUCGCUUUACCGUCGACUACGAAACGUGGGGAGACAAAGAUUGUUCCUCACCUGAAACUUGGUGGUGGCGUGGUAACAACCCGUGCCCACUGUCACUACGUGGUGACCGAAUUUGGUAUUGCCUAUCUGUUUGGCCGCAAUAUUCGACAACGCGCAUAUGCACUGAUUCAGAUUGCACACCCCGAUCACAGGGAGUCGCUGGAAAAGUCUGCUUAUGAGAUUUACAACGUGAUGCCCUCUCCUGAUUAGAUUCUCCGAUGGUAUUUUAUGCACUUUGUUCAUUUACAAAACAAAUUAUUGUUUCUCCCUGUAAUUCUACUCCCUUUGUCUUCGGUGUACUGCUCAAAACAUGUAGACAAAUUGGAAGGAAUGUUUCCUUGUAACUCUGUUCUGUACCUUUGUUCUGCGUUCAUUGAGCAUGCCGAACAAUUUCACUUGAUA